AUGGCCCUCAGCACCACACCGGAAACAGGUCCACGUCUGGCCCUGAUAAAAGACCUGGAGCGAGAGCCCACGAUACAAAACCCUGGACGGAAUGGGUGUCGUAACCCGCAUAACCUGGUACAAGGCGACGAGCGGGUACAAGGCGACGAGCGGGUACAAGGCGACGAGCUGGUACAAGGUGACGAGCUGGUACAAGGUGACGAGCUGGUACAAGGCGACGAGCUGGUACAAGGUGACGAGCGGGUACAAGGCGACGAGCUGGUACAAGAUGACGAGCGGGUACAAGGCGACGAGCUGGUACAAGGCGACGAGCUGGUACAAGGCAACGAGUUGGUACAAGGCGACGAGCGGGUACAAGGCGACGAGCUGGUACAAGGCGACGAGCUGGUACAAGGCGACGAGCGGCUGAGAGUUGGAGAGUUGAGAGUUGGAGAGUUGAGUGUUGGAGAGCUGAAUGCUGGAGAGCUGAGAGUUGGAGAGUUGAGAUGGAGAGCUGACUGUGUUGGAGAGCAGAAAGUUGCUGAGUUGAGUGUUGGAGAACUGAGUGUUGGAGAGCUGAGAGUUGGAGAGGUGAGUGUUGGGGAGCUGAGAGCUGGAGAGCUGAGAGUUGGAGAGCUGAGUGUUGGAGAGUGGAGUGUUGAAGAGCUUUGUGGUGGAGAGUUGACUGUUGGACAGCUGAGAGUUGCAGAGUUGAAGCUGAGAGUUGGUGAGUUGAGAGUUGGAGAGUUGAGUGUUGGAGAGCUGAGUGCUGGAGAGCUGAGAGUUGGAGAGUUGAGAUGGAGAGCUGACUGUGUUGGAGAGCAGAAAGUUGCUGAGUUGAGUGUUGGAGAACUGAGUGUUGGAGAGCUGAGAGUUGGAGAGGUGAGUGUUGGGGAGCUGAGAGCUGGAGAGCUGAGAGUUGGAGGGCUGAGUGUUGGAGAGCUGAAGCUGAGAGUUGGUGAGUUGAGAGUUGGAGAGUUGAGUGUUGGAGAGCUGAGUGCUGGAGAGCUGAGAGUUGGAGAGUUGAGAUGGAGAGCUGACUGUGUUGGAGAGCAGAAAGUUGCUGAGUUGAGUGUUGGAGAACUGAGUGUUGGAGAGCUGAGAGUUGGAGAGCUGAGAGUUGGAGAGCUGAGAGUUGAAGAGCUAAGUGUUGUAGAGUGGAAUGUUGGAGAGCUUUGUGGUGAAGAAUUGAGUGAUGGAGAGCUGAGAGUUGCCGAGUUGAGUGUUGGAGAUCUGAGUGUUCAAGAGCUGAGUGUUGGAGAGCUGAGUGAUGGAGAGCUGAGUGAUGGAAAGCUGAGAGUUGGAGAGCUGAGUGUUAAAGAGCUGAGUCUGAGUGUUGGAGAGCUGAAUGUUGGAGAACUGAGAGUGGGAGAGCUGAGUGGGGGAGAGUUGAGUGUUGGAGAGCUGAAUGUUGGAGCGCUGAGAGUUGGAGAGCGGAGUGUUGGAGAGAUUAGUGUUAAAGAGCUGAAUGUUGCAGAGCUGAGAGUUGGAGAGUUGAGUGUUGGAGAGCUUAGUGUUGGAGAGUUGAGUGUUGGAGAGCUGAGUCUGACAGUUGGAGAGCUGAGAGUUGGAGAGCUGAGUGUUGGAGAGUGGAGUGUUGGAGUACAUUGUGGUGAAGAGUUGAGUGUUGGAGAGCUGAGAGUUGCAGAGUUGAGUGAUGGAGAGCUGAGAGUUGCUGAGUUGAGUGUUCGAGAUCUGAGUGUUAAAGAGCUGAGUGUUGGAGAGCUGAGUGAUGAAGAGCUGAGUGAUAGAGAGCUGAGACUGAGUGUUGGAGAGCUGAAUGUUGGAGAACUGAGAGUGGGAGAGCUGAGUGGGGGAGAGUUGAGUGUUGGAGAGCUGAGUGUUGGAGAGCUGAGUGUUGGAGGGCUGAGUGUUGGAGUACUAAGAGUUGGAGAGUUGAGUGUUGGAGAGAUUAGUGUUAAAGAGCUGAAUGUUGGAGAGCUGAGAGUUGGAGAGUUGAGUGUUGGAGAGCUUAGUGUUGGAGAGUUGAGUGUUAGAGAGCAGAGACUGAGUGAUAGAGAGCUGAGUGUUAGAGACCUGAGAGUUGGAGAGCUGAGUGUUGGAGAACUGAGUGUUGAAGAGCUGAGUGUUGGAGGGCUGAGUGUUUUAAAGCUGAGUGUUAGAGAGCUGAGUGUUGGAGAGCAGAGUGUUAAAGAGUUCAGUGUUGGAGAGCUGAAUGUUGGAGAGCUGAGUUUUGGAGAGCUGGGAGAGUUGAGUGUUGGAGAACUGAGAGUUGCAGAGUUGAGUGAAGGAGAGCUGAGAGUUGCUGAGUUGAGUGUUGGAGACCUGAGUGUUAAAGAGCUGAGUGAUGGAGAACUGAAAGUUGGAGAGCUGAGUGUUGAAGAGCUGAGAGAUGGAGAGCUGAUAGUUGGAAAUCUGAGAGUUGGAGAGCUGAGUGUUAGAGAGUGGAGUGUUGGAGAGUUGAGUGUUGGAGAGUUGAGUGAUGGAGAGCUGAGAGUUGCUGAGUGCUGA